AUGGAUGAAAUUCUACAAUCACGUUUUCGGCUGUUCAACGAUCGAAGUCUGCAGCAUCUUCGGACGAUUGAUGUGUUCGAAGAGUUAAUCGUGUUUUUACGCAUGUUUCUAACCAACUGUGGCAUGGAUAUUCUACAGGAGCGGUUUCGCUGGAAUUUCCGUACGUUUCUGUGUCUCUUUUGUCUAAUUUCGUUCAGUUUUUCUGUGGUUCACACAGUUUAUCUCCACUGGGGAGAUUGGUAUGCGGUAAUGGACUCUCUGUCGGUCAGUGGCAUCGGCUUGCAGGGUAUGAUUAAGAUGUACAGUGCGCUGGCGCAGAAACCGUACUUUCGAGAGAAGUAUCUCAAUAUUAAAUACUUGCAUCAGCGUUCUACUUCAAAUCCGAAAAACAACGCGUCGAUGAUAAAGUGUGUCCUCACAAUAUUGUACUUAUUCCGGAUGUUUUUCGUGUCCUAUGCCAUAGCAGGGGUAGCAUUUUUUGUACUACCCUUCUACGUAAUGGUAGUGAAGCAGGAGAAAAAACUGGUUCUGCCACUGGAGCUACCUUUCACUGAGGCAUCAACGGAAACCGGAUAUGUUAUAACGACGAUUUUCCACCUAGUAUUGACGGUAAUGGCUAUAAUGGGGAUACUAGCGGCCGAUAUGGGCAUUAUGAUAAUUGUACUUCACGUUGUUGGAAUAGCCAAUGUAUUUAUGAAUAAUCUCGGCGAUCUGAAUGAAAUGCUGCUACAAGCGGAAACUAGUGAUGAGACGAAGCGACAAAAAUUUACCGAAAUUUGUAUCAUGCAUAAAGAAAUUUUACAGUACGAGGAAGAUUUAGACGGUUGCUAUCAUCACACGGUUUUCGUUCAAGUCAUCACUUCGGUAUCGUGCCUCAGCCUGACGCUUUUUGUGAUCUAUAUGACUAGGGACUGGACAAGGCUCAUGUUCAUGCUGGCAACAUUCAUUCAGCUGUUGGAGUUUUGCAUGCUGGGAACAACUCUCAGAGUAAAGAAUGAUCAUAUAAUCGACGCCAUUUACGACUGCAAUUGGUACCUGCUAUCUUCAUCCGACAAACUGAGGCUCGGCAUCAUGUUGCAUCGGGCUCAAAAUCCCGUGGAAAUGACGAUUGGUGGAUUGUCUCUCUUGAAUAUGGAAACAUUCGUUGAGAUUAUGAAAACUAUCUAUUCAUACUUCGCCAUGAUGAUUAGUUUCUUGGAUUAG